AGAGAAGGGUACUUCUUAAGAUUAUUGUUGCUUUAAAUUUCUGCCAAGUGGCGACUCCAUUGUAGUCCACUACUGAUAAACCCUUACUCUUAAAAAAAAAGAGAGAAAAAAAAAUCUUAAAACCCCAAAAAGCCCUUUACCACCAACCAUCGAGCGAGACCAGAUAGCCACCAUGGCUUCAUUAUCAGCAGACCUAGCCACGGCCAUCAUCGGCCUCACAUAUCGGAGUCCCACGACACUCUACCGGGUUCGAACCGCAGUCCAUCUCCCUCUCCUAUGGAGACCCAGGACUCCCCACUCUCAUGCGGUAAGCUUCUCCACGUCGUAUUUUCGCUCAAGACUCCUUGCCCCCGACUUCGCCAAGCCGAUGCUCGGCUCUCGAAGCCGCACUGUGGCCUUUUCGGUCGCAACCACGUCGCAGGAGAGCGAUACCUCCGACGUCACUACGAAAAUUCCACCCGAUAAUAGGAUCCCGGCCACCAUAAUUACCGGUUUUUUGGGCUCCGGGAAGACAACAUUGCUCAACCAUAUAUUGACUGCGGAACAUGGAAAGCGGAUUGCAGUUAUUGAGAAUGAGUUUGGUGAGGUAGACAUUGAUGGUUCCUUAGUCGCCGCAAAAACUACUGGGGCUGAAGAUAUUAUUAUGUUGAAUAACGGUUGCCUUUGCUGCACUGUGAGGGGUGAUCUUGUAAGGAUGAUAUCAGAGUUGGUGGAGAGGAAGAAAGGGAAAUUUGAUCAUAUUGUGAUUGAGACUACAGGGUUGGCAAAUCCAGCACCGAUCAUUCAGACAUUUUAUGCAGAAGAUAAAAUAUUUAAUGAUGUCAAGUUAGAUGGUGUUGUCACUUUGGUGGAUGCCAAACACGCUGGAUUUCAUUUGGACGAAAUCAAGCCAAAAGGAGUGGUUAAUGAAGCAAUAGAGCAGAUUGCUUAUGCUGAUCGUAUUAUUGUGAAUAAGACUGAUCUUGUGGGAGAGUCGGAAAUAGUUUCAUUGGUUCAACGAGUUCGGAACAUCAAUGGCUUGGCUCAACUCAAGCGAACAAAAUUUGGACAAGUAGACUUAGGUUAUGUUCUUGGUGUUGGGGGUUUUGAUUUGGAGAGGAUAGAGAGUGCCAUCGAGGUUGAAGGUGCAAAGGAAGAUCAUAAUGAUCAUACCCAUGAUCAUCAUCAUGAGCAUGAUCAUGGGCAUGAUCACCAUGAUCAUGAUCAUGAACAUCACCAUGACCACCACUCCCAUGAUCAUACUCAUGAUCCAGGUGUUUCUUCGGUCAGCAUAGUUUGUGAAGGGAGCUUAGAUCUUGAGAAGGCUAAUAUGUGGCUUGGUACAUUGUUGAUGGAACGAAGCGAAGACAUAUACCGAAUGAAGGGUCUUUUAUCUGUUCAGGGAAUGGAUGAGAGAUUUGUUUUCCAGGGAGUUCAUGACAUAUUCCAAGGUUCACCUGAUCGGUUAUGGGGCGCAGAUGAACCAAGAAUUAACAAGAUAGUUUUUAUAGGAAAGAACUUAGAUGCAAAAGAACUAGAGAAUGGCUUUAAAAGCUGUUUGCUGUGAUUACUAAACUACGGUUUCAGUAACAUGUAUUACCAUUUGUCACUAUCACAUUUGAGUAAUGUCUUUUGGCUCAUCAUCUUGUUUUGGUUUAUUUUUAAUAGAAAAGCUGUCUUCUGGUCUUCGAGUUAUGUAUCAAAAACCCUUUUUUUUUGUAUAAUCUAAAACCAAAGUUGGAAGAACAAGAACAAAUUAUUAAUGUUCC